CCAUGGCAACCAAAAAUGCAUGCGUGUGUACUUGUAGGAUGAAAAGUAUUUAAAAUUUUGUAUGUUUACAAGAAUUUUAACUAAUAUGAAUAAACUUUCAAUAUUUUUGUAUAAAAAUUCGAGAACUGUGUGCAGCAGGAUUGAAUGAUCGCUGCAUUUUAUGUUCUCUCAGUUAAUGCAACUGAAUUUUACUUCAUGAGAUCGUUUUAUUUUAAGGGAGAAAGGCUAGUUAUGUUUGGUGGUAAUCAGCCUAGUUUUUCAAGACUUAAGUUUAUUAGUUAAGUAUGGAUCUUUGUUUUGAAGAGGAACUUGAAUGUCUAAUGUCAAGCUAUGACGAAAAGGAAUUUUCUUACUGUAGAGAUGGUGACACUUAUAUUUUGAAGUUUAUUCUCUCAGUUGGUGGAAGUAUCACAUUCAAAAUACCACAUUUGUAUCCUCAAGAACUUCCCAUAAUUUCCCUUUCAGUAAAUAACCUGACAAACUCAGAGAAACUUAGAGCCCAAAACAAAGUCCAAGAUCAUGCUACCAAUAUGAAAGGGUCAUACAUGAUAAUGGAUCUAGUCAACGAAGCACAUGGCAUUGUUUCAUCUGCUCUACCGCAAACACUUUGUGUUCAAUACCCUUCGUCUUCCGAAGAAGAAAAAACACACAUAGCUAUCAUCUUAAUUGAUCAUAUGCGUCAAAGGAAUAAAUACAUCAAAACAAUCUCCAACUGGGUGAAAGAUUUAUCACUAAAUGGAAUGCUUCUUUAUUCUCCGAAACAGAGCAUUUUGAUUGUUCAAGGUUUUAAAAUGCAGCUCAAGGAUUUCACCACUCGUCUUCGUACUGUCUGUGUGGAUGUAGAUGCUGCUGGUCGGGCAUGCAAAGAAAGGAUGUCCAAAGUCUUGUUUGAAGGCUUGUGUAGCUGCAAAUUUUCUGAGUUUCGUGUGCAAGAAAUUUCAGCUAUUGGAGAUUUAGAAACAUAUUUUUUCGACAUGAAAUUAGGAAGUUAUUAUCAGGAAUACAUCAAACCUGUGCGUCCUCAUUGACUGAGAUUACUCAAAAACUCCAACUUUGUGUUUUAUUGUAACCUCUCAUUGUGCUGCUUAUUUGCUUACAUGUGUCUAGAACUUUUCCUGUUUCUGAAGUUAAAAAAUAAACUAACGA